CCUAAAAUCACAGGCAGUUUAAAUAAGCAUGCACUUUGCCCAGGAGGCAAAAGUGCACACCGAUGCACAACUUUUAGCACGCAAUCUCACCUGACGUGUGGGCGCGGCAUCUCAGAUGUCAAUCAAUCGCCGCAUCCCGUAUCCACGGGGUUGUUGAACGCCACGGACUCGCUAUGACCCUUGGAGAAAAAAAUCAUAAACAUGCGCAACGCUUUGUUUGGUGUAUGAACGACACUGAUGUGUGCAUAGAAACCAAAGAGGGCAGGAGGAAUUAUCAAGAGUAUUAUUGUCAUGUGGGUGCGUGUGUGUCACUGUGACAGGAGACCGAAUCGGUGCAUCUGUACGUUUCUUCGUCAUGGAUAAUUCACGGGCAUCCUUGAUGUUCAAGGGGGUCGCGGUGGUCGCGAUCGGCAUCGCCGCCGCUUUCGUGAUGAACGUUCAAGAUCCAUCACGCUCGCUUUUCGGAGGAGGAUACCCAGAACUCUGGCGGAGGACCGGACUGGUCGGUGCCCCUGCGCGGGCCGCAGCCUGCAUCUUUGCGGGAGUGUUUCUUUUGGCUGUCGGUUGGUUGUACAGACUGUUAUUCGCUCCUCUGGAGCUUCUCCGUGGCGUGGAUGAAGUGGGUUACAUCGCGGAGGACGGGCGCUCUCGUGCGCAAGCGGCAAACGAGGUGCGGCGGAGACGCAAGACUGGAGAAUUACCCCCCGUUUAUCCCAAUGGAUGGUACCGGGUUUUUGACUCUCACAUGCUGGAGAGAGGAGACGUAAAGAGCGUGACUAUACUGGGCCAGCAGGUGGCAGUGUUCCGUGGACAAGAAGGCAAGGCUUAUGUGGUGGAUGCUUACUGCCCCCAUUUAGGUGCCAACCUGGCUGUAGGCGGGAGAGUGGUAGGGGGUUGCAUAGAAUGCCCCUUUCACGGCUGGCAGUUUCGAGGACAAGAUGGGAAAUGUGUCAAGAUCCCGUAUGCAGAUAAAGUGCCCGAGUUUGCGAAGGUGCGAUGCUGGCCCAGCUGUGAGAUCAACGGACAGGUUCUGGUCUGGUUUCACUGUGAUGGGAUAGAGCCCAGCUGGAGAGUGCCAGAACAGAGUGAGAUCACACGUGGAGAAUGGGUUUAUCGCGGUCGCACCGAACAUUUCAUUAAUGCACAUAUUGAGGAGAUUCCAGAGAACGCUGCGGAUAUUGCACACCUGGCUCAUCUGCACACCCCGGGCAUCGUCAGUGGCGUUGAUCUCCGCUACACCAACAGCAAGACCUGGGAGUUUAUACGACACGAUUGGAAGGUGGAGUGGAAACCAGAACCAGAGCCAGACCUGCACUGCUCCCAGAUGUUGGUGAAACACGCUCUCACUGUGUUUGGACGCCACUGGCCUCUUCUUGAUUUGGACGUCCUGGCAAGACAGGUGGGUCCUGGUGUUGUCUUCCUGCUUUUUGAACACAAUUUCUUGGGGCGAGGUGUGAUCAUGCACUGCGUGACCCCUGUUGAGCCUUUACUGCAGUGUGUAUCGCACACCAUCUUCUACCAGAGCAGCAUCCCUCCCCUGGUACCCAAGUUCAUUCUUCGGGCUGAAUGUAUCCAGUUCGAACGAGAUGUGAUGAUCUGGAACAACAAGACUUACAUCUCCAAACCCAUGCUCGUGAAAGAAGAUUCAGCCAUACAGAAACACAGACGCUGGUUCAGUCAGUUCUACAGCGAGAACAGCCCCCGACUGCGCUACCAACACGACACCCUGGACUUCUGACCGCAAACAACGCUUUGACCAAUAUGAGCUUCAAUGAGGCAGAUACAAAUAUUUUUUUAACAAAAAAUAUAAAUGGCUAAUAUUAUGAGUUGAUAUUGAAAAUAUCUUAUGCAAUAUUAAAAUCAUUAUGCAAGACUGCAAAUUAUGCAAACAUUUUUCGCGAGCAAUUCUUUGUAAUAAAACAUUGUUUCACCAAACAAUGUGCAACGAAAACAAUAAAGCAAAUGCAAAAAUAAAAGUGCAAAUUGAAUUGGGAAAUUCAAGUUUUUUUGUUUUUAUUAAGCAAUAUAAGCUAUAUACAUAUAGUUUGCUUUUUAGGUCAAAAUGAGUACCAUUUACAUUGUUUUCUUUUCCACUGCAAAGACCUUUCAUCCUUGUCGAAGUGCCUCAGACAAUCAGGAGUCAGUAAAGAAUAGCUGUAGGUUUCUCUCUACUGAGCUGCUAAAUUUCUUGAUUGGAGAAUCACACAGUCUGACUUAACUGCUAUAAUUGGGAUUCAGCUGUCUGAAGAGUCCUCUGAGCUUCAGCAAGCAAUGAAUCAAAGCCCUGUGCCCCUACCAAAGCACCAGGUCAUGCAAGGCUGUGCACACGGAUGCAAAGAGAAAAACACAGAGCUCUCAGAUGCAGAUUGUAUAACAUAGAAAGUGUGUUACUCUGCCCUCGUUUUGAUUUCACCAUUUUAUUUUCAUUUUCUAACAAUCGGAUAUUUCACAUGGUGGACAUUAAAAUGAGUGAAAAAUGUGUUAUGAAUACAAAUGUUUACGUUUACAGUUGUAUUAUUCGCUGAGUGUUUCAUGGCUUGACAGCCUUCUCAAAUGUCACCAUAAUUAGUUGUCCAUUCACCCAUUGAUACUGAUGCCUGUCAUUAUCCAAUAAACUGCACUGUGGAAAUAAGGAUCCCCAAAAUAGCUGCCAAGUAGGUUGCGCAAUAGCCAGACAUGUUGCCAUCAAUUAAUGUCAAUGAUAGUUAUCCGGAUAUAGAGUAGGGAUACUGUCGCAGAGCCAUCCAAUCGAGUUCCCUCAAAUGCCAGUCUAAGUGGCAUUAAAGAGCGUACCGACCGUGCUGACAGCAUGUGUCUUUUAUGACACGAACCAUAUGCUGAGGUCAUGCACUAGUUAAUGUAUCCUGUCAUAAAGCGAGAUGUAGCUCACACCAUGUUGGGCGACUGCCAGAAACAUAUGCUAGUAUGCAGAUGUUUCGCUCUCAUUAAUUAAGUCCUCUUAAGCUCCUCUCCUGUCGAGUCUGAAGUGUCUUGUGUGCUUUGCGUCUCUGUGUUCAGACAGCAUGCAUGGCUGUACAGACUGUUCCUCUGACGUGUGUCUUUGCAAUGACUGCUGCAAAACACAGAGAGGAACAUUAUGACAGACACUGUGACAGUCCCUAGGCUCUCGAUACAAGAUCUGUGAAAAUCACUUUUUUUUUACAAUAAUUAGGGGUUUGUAUGAAACAUAAACCACCCCCGCAGCCCGGUAUGACAUUUUUAUGCAUAAUUUGUUUAGGCAUGAAGGAUACCCUUUAAUUGUGGUUUUAUUUUUCUAAGAAAAAAUUAUAAAUCAGGUUUAUUGUGUUAUUGCUAUGACGAGAUCUGGGUUAUGCAUUAGUGUUACUAAAUGUAAAUGAUUAAAAAUGCAUAUUGCAUUGCAAAUUGCAAAAGUCUCUGACAUUAAAACUGAUGAUUUGGUUUCUGUUUAUAAAGGAAAGUGUUUGUAUAGCACUUAGGCUGCACAUCUUUAUUUGUUUGUUAGUUUUUUAAUUGUAUUAGUUACAUAUGCCAUACUCAUGCAUUUAAAAAUAAA